GACACAUGGUCAAAAGAAUGAUGAUUAAAAUAAUUUUAAUUUUUGUCGGAUUUUUUUCCGUGUCUAAUCCACAAAAUCAUUUUAUGCCAAACUUGCCUUUUGGAGAAUAUCGUUUAAUUCUUGAUAAAGUAUAUCCAUGUGAAUCCACCAGAAACCAUUCAAUUAAAAUUAAUUUGUAUUUCAGUAAAAAGACAUCAAGUACAACUGAGUUGAAAGGCAAUUUUACAUUUUUAAUACCUCUUGACGACACUCUAAUAUUUGAUACGAAUCUUUCGUCAUGGGGUUCAACAGGAGGUUGGAUACCAAAUGCAUACAUUAUGAUAGUCAAAAAGCCAUGUAGUACAUUGAAACACACCAUGGGAAAAGCGUGGCUUAUGCUUUUAAAAGCUUUUAAUAUGCCAUCCACAUGUCCAAUACCAGUGGGUGCGUUCACUACUUCAGGAUUAGAUGUGAUGGAUUUAAUUGAAAGUCAUAACUAUCCCAAAGUCUUUUUUUAUGGAAAAUAUAAGGCUGUGGGAAAGCUUAAAAAUAUAAAAAAUCAAGUAGUUGGCUGUUUGGCUUUGGAGUUCACACUUUUACGACCGUGGGAAAAACCAUUUUGAUUUUAAUACACUAUACGCACUAUCUUAUUUUUUUAAAAAAAAAUAGAAAAACCAAUUUUUUAAACAAUAUUAUAAUACAAACUAACAAAUAUAUAAAUAAAUGUAAUCUAAACCGAUAUUUUUAUUUCUUUAUUGGUUGAUAAAAUAUUUAUUCGUAGAUUAAAAGCA